AUGUCCGUCGUCAUUUGCCAGGGCGUAACCACGCCAGCCAAUGUCAUGGUGACCACCUUCAGCGGAACUCCUCCGCCUGCACCCCCUCCGCCGCCAACUCCAGCUCCAGCUCCUUUGGCUCUGACCACUCAAAACGUCACUUAUGUUGGCAUGCCAAUCGCCCAUAUCACUCCAGCUGCGGCAGCUCCUCCUCCUCCUCCUCCUCCGCCGCCGCCGCCUCCACCUCCUGCUCAAAGCCCAGCCAUUCUCAUUAGUCCAACGCUGGCCAUACUGGCGGUUGCUCAGCAGCCACCGCCACCUCCUCCGCCUACUCCUCAGUCGCCUGUUGGGGUUAUGGUUUCCUGGCCUAUGAGGCUUGCUCCUUGA